UUUACAUCCGGCAUUCUGUUGCGAAAAAUUUCAUCAGAUAUCAUAUUUAUUAUAUUAGAUGUGUUUUAUGAUAAAAAGUACAUACCAGCUUUAAGUGCACAGAAAUAUAGGUUUAAAAUAGGACAGAAUUGACAUUUGGUAUUUGGAGUAAUAUUGGGAACAAGAUAAAGACAACUUAAGAUGGAUGAUUCAGGAAGUACUGUGGACAGACAGGAAGAACAGCAAAGUCUGGUUCCUGAGGAAAUUAAAGAUAAAUGGGAGAGAGAACAGAUGAAGUUGAAGAAGCAGAUGAUUUUAACAGACUCUGGUGAUAUAAUCAAGAUAAUGUCCUGUUGCCAUGGAAAAACUUCAGAUAAUUUCUUGAUAGGUGGAGUCGAUAUUUCCUUUGUCAAGGGCGAUAAUGUGAAUGCAUGUGCUGCACUAAUUGUUCUCAAUUUUCCACAACUAGAGGUUGUUUAUGAAGAUUGUCAGAUGAUUAAAUUAACAGCACCAUAUAUCCCAGGGUUCCUUGCCUUCAGAGAAGCAUAUCUCCUAGAAGAUAUGUACAACAAACUGAAGAAAACACAACCACAAUAUGUACCUCAGGUUAUAAUGGUAGAUGGAAAUGGAAUUCUACAUCCUAGGGGGUUUGGGUUAGCAUGUCAUCUAGGUGUUUUGUUAGACACUCCAUGUAUUGGUGUUGCCAAGAAUCUUUUCCAAGUGGAUGGAAUAGAAAAUGAUGAUGAUCAUCAGCUAAAAAUUAAACAUUUAUCUAAAGGAGGUGAUACAUUUGAAUUGGUGGGAACUAGUUGUAAAGUCUUAGGAAAGGCCCUAAGGAGUUGUGAUUCUGCACCUAAUCCAAUUUACAUAUCAACUGGUCACAAGAUCACACUUGAUUCAGCUGUAGAGCUAGUAUACAAAUGUUGUAAACACAGGGUACCAGAGCCAACUAGACAGGCAGAUAUAAAGAGUAGAGAAUAUUUAAGAGUUCAUUUUGGAAGUGAACAUGAAGAACAAAAGAAUAAAGGGAAGAAGAAACAAAGGACAAAAACUACAAAGCAUAGUAACACUGACUGUAACCCUGUUGGUAAUGUAGAAGAAUUAUUUGAAGAUACUAAUUGCUGUUUAUUUGAAGGGAAUGAUACAUGAUAUUUUUAUACUCCUACCGCAAGUGAGGGUUUUUUAAUCUAUUUAUUCAAUUAUUAUUAUCCUUAUUUGGAGGCUUUAUGUAAAAAUCAAAUUAUAUUUGGCACAGAUAUUCCCUAUUUCAUGUUCAGGUCAUAUUUUUAUAGAGUCGACUCAAUCGUUCUCACACACUAUUAAUCAUUUCAAGAAGUUGUGUCGUUGCUAGAGUCAAAAGAGUAGGGGCAAUAAGGCCCUGAUUUGGCCCGAAUAUUAGUGCAAAUUAAAAAGUUUUCAUACAUAUUCUUAAAUUUGUCCUAACUACACUAAGGUACAAGGUAUUCAGAAAAUAAAACAAAUUUCACAUUUAACAAGUUACCAUGGCAACAAACCAUGACAAAAUUUGUAUAUUAUGUAUUAUUAUGAAUUUUCCUUUUUAACACCCAAUUUUAGGUACAUACUUAUCAGUGUGAGCCAAGGCUCCGUGUUGAAGACCGUACUUUGACUUAUAAUAGUUUACUUUUAUAAAUUUUGACUUGGAUGGAGAGUUGUUUCAUUGGCACUCAUACCACAUCUUCUUAUAUCUAUAUAUUAGAUUGGAAAAGUAUGUGCACAUCCAAGAAACAACUUUAUUUUUAGAAGGAUUAUGUCAAUAGUUAUGAUAAAUCAUUUUGUUGUUUCAUGGCUACGCACGAUGAUUCCACAAUGGAAAUGACAACUGAAAACUGCAUAGAUUCUGCAGUUUUCUUCAUAUUGAUGAAAACAUGCAUAUUAUGAUGCAAUUGUGACAUCAUAACAUCAACAAUCUUAUGUUAUUCAUUUAUAUUUCUUGAUUUUAUGCAUUUCCAAACAUGUGCAUAUUUGAAAUAGUUUUCAAAAACUAUUUUCUUUGGCCAGAAUCAGCCCUUUAUGCCCCUACUUCUUUGCUAUUUCAAACCAGUGAAAAAUUUUAAUUACGUCAAAGCCACAUGAAAUAUUUUUUGGUUAUUGAAACUAUAGUAUGAUGGAGGGUACAUGAUUCCAACUCAAGAAAAUACUUGUUACAUAUAAUUAUGUGAAUAUUAUAUGAAUACAAAAUAUUGUUUUUACUGCUGAAAUCAUAAAUUUUAACAAAUUUCCAAAGAGGUUUUCAAUUUUAUUUUGUUUUGAUUUAACAAAAAGAGGUGAUUUAAAAAAACAUCAGGUGUUGAGACCAUAAUUGUUCUGAUGGAAUUCAAGUAAAUCUAAGUUAAAGUCAGCUAGAGAAACAUGACAAAACCUGUUUCAUGGUUUCACCUGUACAAUAUUGAUUUCAGUUCUGUAUAAAAAUGCAAAUAUAUCCUGCUCAAAUUCCAAAUGAGAUGACUUGUUGGGAAAAAAUUAGUUAACAUUUCUGUUAAGGUAUCACUAAAUUAUGUAGUACAUGUAUUAUACCUGCAAUGUCAGGGUUGAAAUGUUGGUCUAAAAUUUAAAAUAAAAACAGGUUAAGGGUGGACAAGAUAUUUUAAUAAUUAUUCAUCAUUAACACUUUUACUCAGUGAUUGUGUGUUAAGAAAUGUCAUCAAACAUAACUGAUAUUUGAUAAUAAUUUAAUUUUGGAUGUAAUGCGUCUUCCGAUAGGCUGACGUUGUUUUGUUUAUCAGCUCAUAGACAUAAUUUUGUCGUGUGACCUUGACGUCAUCAAUGUUUUUUCAUGAUUUACUAUGGUUUAAAAUGGAAUUAAGAAUUAAAUUAUAAGAAAUGACUGUACUGUCUAUUCGAAAUAACAUAAAAAAUGUGGUGCACACUUUAAAAUAACCCGCUAUUGGUUUUAUUCAGUGUGCACCACAUUUUUGAUGUUAUUUCUUCAUAGACAGAAAAAAUAUUGCGGUCAUUCCUUAAAUGUAUUUACAUAGUAAUACUUUAAAAUGAAGUUUUUUUUUCAUGGUAUCUGUGAUAUUUUUUGUUGAUUUUUAUGAAUUUCUAUCACAUUUUGUUACCUUUCUUAAUAUAUAUUUAAAAUAUUUUUUUAGAUAUUUGAAUAGAAAUAAAUUGUUACAGUUUA